ACGACGUAGAAAAUGCUUCAGAUAUCUUUAGCGUAGUGCGCGUGAAGAACAGUACUGAGUGGCCACACGCUGCUGUCCACGGCGUAUUUGUACCGGCAUUGUCUGGCACCCAUGGUGUUUGCCCUUGACUCUUUGAGAGGGGGUUCCUACAAAACCGAGAUUUGAGCAGAAGACCCUGAAACGCUUUUCGUGAGUGGAAUAGCUGGGUAGAAAGUGUGGGAUUUAAUUAGGCGUGUGGACAUCACGUGGUUAAUUGGUGUAGACAGGCUUCUGGAUUUUGCCAUCAAUUUGUAAGCUGUUUGAUUACACUUCAGUUCACCAUCAAGUAUGCCAUUCGUAGAAGACCAGAUAUCUUCACACAAUUCAGCAUAUCCGUUGCCUGUAGUAAUAAUAGGAAAUGGUCCAUCUGGUAUCUGCCUUUCCUACUUUCUGUCAGGAUAUCGACCGUAUUUUGCUCCUGAUGCCACCCAUCCAAAUCCAAUCCUUCAGUGUAAGCUAGAAGAAAGCCGCAGUUUGUCUUUGGUAGACCAGGAUUUGCAGCAUCUCUCAGAAGGUCUUGAGGGACGAUCAUCCAAUCCAGUAUCCCUCCUGUUUGAUGCACUUAUUCUGCCAGAAAGUGACUUUGGGCAGGAUUACGAGUCCACGUUGGAGUGGAAGCUGGAACCCGGUCAAAGUAUUCCACAUGUAGUCCUAGGAAGAGGACCACCUGGUGGUGCCUGGCAUGCAAUGGAAGGAUCUAUGCUAACACUCAGUUUAGCAAACUGGAUGGAACUUCCAGGCUUGAAGCUGAAAGACUGGGUUAGAGAGAAGCGACGAAACUUGCGUAAUGAUAGAGCAACACCUGAUGAUAUUGCUUCAUACUAUGUGCACUUUGUGAACAAAAUGGGUUUGCAGGACAAUUUUUUGUGUGGCACUUGUGUGACAUCACUGAGAAGAAUUCCGUGUAGCCAAGAUGGGAAAGCCAAACGUUUGAAUUCCGGCUGUAAAGGAGCAUGUACAAACUGUACCGUUAAGGGUGCUGAAAGUGAAGUUGCAUAUGAGAAUGUUAAUGACUUAUGGGAAGUAUCUGGGUAUCGGGAAAGAAAAGAAGGCAAAGUUCACUUUUCAAUUUGUGCCAAAAAUGUUGUUUUAGCAACUGGUACUCAUGACACACCAGCCUGGCUUGGAGUAGAUGGUGAAGAUUUACCUUAUGUUUGCCACAGCCUGUCUGAAUUCGAAGCAGCUAUUGCCAGUGGCUCAGUGGAUCAGGAUUCUGAUCCGGUUUUGAUAGUUGGAGCAGGAUUGUCUGCAGCUGAUGCAGUUUUGUGCGCCCAUCACUUAAACAUUCCCGUGUACCAUGCAUUCCGAAGGGUGGUGAGUGACCCAGCCAUGAUUUUUAACCAGCUCCCAAAAGUGCUUUACCCAGAGUAUCACAAAGUCCACCAGAUGAUGCGCCAGCAGAAGUUUGGUAGUGGAGAUGACAGCUGUUACCCUGGUUAUACUAGCUACCCACAGUAUCGUGUUGUCCAUUUCACACCAGAUAGGAAAUGCAUUUUACAGUGUGGAGAGGACAUACUCGUUGUGAAAAUAUCAAGGGCAGUUGUACUCAUUGGAGCCUAUCCUAACCUCUCUUUCAUAAAGGACGGUGGCAAAUACUUGGGACUUGACACAGGCAAGCCAAUAUCCUGUCAUCGGAACCCUAUUGACAUUGAUCCAUACACUUACGAAUGCAUUCAGGAGCCAGGCUUGUUUGCAAUGGGUCCCUUAGUUGGUGACAAUUUUGUACGCUUCCUUAAAGGUGGUGCCUUGGGCAUUACAAGCUGCCUGUCAAAGCGACUUGAGAAGCAGGAUACAGAAGAUGGCUGCAACUGUACAGCAGUUACAGCAUCGGCAACAUACAACAGAUAGAGCCAUGCAUCUUGCUUUAGAUCAGAAAUCCUUUCAGUGCUGCUGGUCAUUAAAGUAGGAGCUGUGUUUCUGCUGCACAGCUUGAGUGAUCAAAACCUUUCCCACUACAGCGCUAUUUUGUGAGAGACUGUCUUGGUAACAUUUGUAGUGUUUGCAUUGUAGUGUGGAGGCAGUUAAGUUCUCACUAGGUCUUCAGAAUACACUAGUGUAGAGCAGUUGAUAAUGCUGUGCUAGUCCUUGCUGCCAGCUGAUCUGGCUGCUGAUUUGGAACUUAACCACUGACCCGAUUGCAGGCCAGUUGAGCUGUAACCCAGAGAGCAGAGCCUUGAGGCACAGAAUUCCACUAGUGAUAACAACCAGUGGGGAUUCCUUUACAGGAAUCAUUUUAUGAAGGAGUAUUUGUCUAAAGUUUAAAAAUGGAAUGUUAUCCACCCCUUCUGAACAAACAGGAAACUUGUAUACAAUAGCUAGCUCUGUUGUUGCUUUGAUCCGGAAGCAUGAACCAGCAAAAUAUGUUGAGUAGGGAAUGGAGGUUUUCCUUUUUAAUGUGCACUUGUAAUUUAUUUUUUGGGAAUACCUGUCUCUUCAUGUAGUCCUCACUGCUGUAGCUUAGACCUUUGGUCUGUAUAAAGCAGAAUUGUAGAACCCAUGCCAUUUAAAACUGAUUAAACAGCACUUAAAACCAGUUAAGUUCUUGUUAGAACACGAUCCUUCUGUUACUGUAAUGACAUGCAUUUUUAAGAUGCAUAUUUAGUUUAAUUUUUGCUCUUAUGUUCAUAAAAUGUAGUAUGAUCAUUCAUUUUAAAUGGUCCAUUUGCAUAGUAUGAUUUCUGUGAUUGUGUUUAAUCUUGAGCAUUUGGGCUUGUCCCAUUGUUCUGUGAUUACAUUAGGAGAGGGUAAAUGUAACCUUAUCAGUGAUGCAUAGGUACAUUAAAGAAUAGAAUCAUCCAGAAAAUGCAUUAAAAGCAUUCCUGUCGAAUAAUUUGAAGCCAUUCCUUUUAUAGUGCCUUUGUUUGCAAAAUCAUUGUGCUUUGAGAAAAAAAAGUGUUGCCAUUUAAGAAUGGUUGCUGUCUAGUGUAAAAUUGCGUGGAUUUUGUAUCCAGGUGGUUCCUUAUCUGAUUAGAGAUUGCACUAAGUGUAAUUGGUUUUGUAGGUCACCAGUGGGUUGCAUCUGUAUUACCAUCUUCAGGAACGCUGGCCAUGUUCUGUCCAUUGUUUAUUUAGAAGUAUGACGUCUACAUAUUCCACAUUUGUUCAAUACUAUGUGCCAGUCAGUUUUGUCUGUAGUAAUUCCUUUGUAACCGCAGUUCAUUUAUGCAAAAAAUAAUUUGUGUCUGUAGUAUGGGGACUGGCAUUAGUAUAGUACUUUUAUCUGCCUGCAAACAUUUCUUAAAAAGAAUGCUACAUUAAUGCAACUGGAGUUUGUUGCAUCCAGUUUACAGUUGGUUUGCGUUUUUACACCCUUGAUAAAACUCUUCCUUUUUCCAUA